CCUUAGAUACUUCCGGAAUAAUGCGGCCUGCAUGGUGACUUGCAAACUUGAGACUGAAAGCAGUUUGAAUUCUCCAACCUCCUCUGCCCUCUGAGGCACACCGGCGACAUUUUACAUUGUGUAUACGACAGGAGAUUUUUUGUUACAAAAGGAGGCGAAAUAACUUUCACAACAUGAGUAUUCUGACUUACAAUGGAGCCUCCAUCAUUGCCAUGAAGGGCAAAGAUUGUGUUGCCAUUGCAUCUGACCGGAGGUUUGGCAUCCAGGCACAGACAAUUAAUAUGGAGUUUGACAAGAUCUUUGAGAUGGGACCACAUUUAUAUAUCGGCCUACCAGGUCUAGCAACUGAUGUGCAGACAAUUUCACAAAGACUGAAAUUCCGACUCAACUUGUACGAGCUGAGGGAAAAUCGAAAUAUCAAGCCGAAGACAUUCAUGAGCAUGGUGUCAAAUCUGCUGUAUGAAAGGAGGUUUGGACCCUACUUCGUUGAGCCUGUGAUCGCAGGCCUUGAUACCAAGACAGGAGAGCCAUACAUUGCAUCCAUGGAUCUGAUUGGUUGCCCAAUGGAGACAGAUGAUUUUGUCGUCAGCGGGACGUGUUCAGAACAGAUGUACGGGAUGUGCGAGUCACUAUGGGAGCCAGAUCUGGCUCCAGAUGAUCUGUUUGAGACAAUAUCUCAGGCAUUGAUGAAUGCUUUUGACAGAGAUGCUGUAUCAGGUUGGGGCGGUGUUGUCUAUAUCAUUGAAAAGGACAAGGUGACGAAGAAAUUACUGAAGACUCGAAUGGACUAGUCUUAUUUCAUGUAUAUUCAACAGUGUAAUGUAUUGCGUUGUCAGAAGGAACAUCACUUGAAACUUCAUCCACAAUGUGGCAUGUAAUUCCAUUUCAUGUAUUAAAACUCUUUAAACCAAA